AUGUCUUAUAUUCCUCCACACAAGCGCCAAUUGAAGGAUCCCGUUAGCCCUUCCCCUUUUCCAGAUUCUCUAGCUACAAAAGUCAUGAAAAACACUGACUUCAAAAGUAGCAGUGUUAAAGUCAAUAUAGCAUAUUCAAGAGAUGCCAUUUUCAAAUGGUUUCUUAUUGGUUCAAAGGGAAUAUCGGAUGAGGUUCCUCCAUCUAUUAAGCUUGUGCCGGUGUCUUCGGAUUCUUCUGAUAGCAGAUAUGGAGAAAAAUCUUUCGUAUUGAUGAACACUAAUGUAGAAAAAGAAAAUGUGAUAGCUGAGGAAAGUGAAGAAGAAGAGAGAACUCGGUGGAUGUUAAUAGCAGAGAAGGUUGAGAAGGAUCUUGUCGUUGCAUAUGAGCAAGCUAAGAAGGGAAUGCAGGAUCAUCAUCUUUCAGAUAAUGCGAAACUGAGAUUGGUUGCUAGGUUUGGUAAAAUUCUCUUUCGUAGGAUUCAUGCUGGUCCUGUAACUGAAUAUUGGCAAGCAAAAUCAUCAAAUAGGACAUUCUGUACGGAUGUCCCAACCUCGUUCAUACAAAACAUAAAGUCUAAGGCUAUUCCAAGCCAUGAAUUUUGUAUAGACUUGGAAAAGGAAGUGUAUGUUGUGCAGAUAUCGCAUUACACUCGUCCUCAUUCAACCAUCAGAUGUAAAUGUACCGUGAAGGAAGAUGGAAGUCUCAGUAUGUACAAGGCUGAGCUGAAUCCUCUAAGGCAUUUGGUUGUUGAUGUGUCGUGCAUCGAUAAGAAUCUUGAUAUGAGGUUUAUGCUCGCCGGGAAAAGGAAGAUGUUUACCCUAACGGAGAAAGAGAGAAGUAACAUUCAAAGAAUGCUGGAUUCAGUAACUGUAGAUUCGACUGUGAAAGGGGGAUUAACGUGGCCGCAUGGUAAACCUCCAUCUGAAAAUGGAUACACAAUAUUUGAAGUUUGUCAUGUUAGAGCUACUACCUACAAAAACAAGACUCUCAGGCUAAGGGUCAGAGAGACUAAUGGGUAUAGUGAGAGGUUUGGGACAUGGGAAGUUGAGAGGGGAGUGACUUUGAUACUUCAAGACAUCAACACUAAGUUACAGGAGCAGAACAUUGAGAGGGGCUGUGUUUUAGAAAUGCUUAGAGAUGCUCUUGGAACCAUUUGGGACUUCUUGCAUUGUGAUGCCUCUCUUACGUGA